CAUCUCGGCCUGACCCGUUUUUUUCCCUCGCGAGACCUGUAGUUUAGCAAGGGGGGGUGAAAUCUCGGGAGUUGUCUGAAAGCGAGCAGAACAGUGAGAAGAUUCAAAAACGUGCACGUUCACGCUGCAUACGGCUAUUUUGCAACGUUUCACAAGAGGACAGCCCCGUAAUUUAAGAUUAUAUUAAGUUCUCUAACUACGACAAACGUUUCAUGUAGUUGCUCUUUUCGUAACUUUGGGGAAGUUUUACUGUGAGAGCCCACCUCGGACAAAUUCAAGUCGGCCGCUGGUUUUGCAGGAAUGUCGCAGAACGAGAGACCCAAGUUUUAUCGACAAGAUGUGAACAAGACAAUAUGGGAAGUCCCGGAGCGAUACAAAGACCUUUCUCCGGUCGGUUCUGGUGCCUACGGAUCCGUGUGUUCAGCGUUUGAUAUGAAGAUUGGUUUGAAGGUCGCUGUGAAGAAGCUCUCUCGGCCAUUUCAGUCCACCAUUCAUGCUAAGAGAACAUACAGAGAGCUGCGGUUGCUGAAGCACAUGAAACAUGAAAACGUGAUUGGCCUCCUAGAUGUCUUUACACCAGCUACUUCUCUGAAGGAAUUCACUGAUGUGUAUCUUGUGACCCACCUAAUGGGGGCAGAUCUCAACAACAUAGUGAAAUGUCAGAGACUCACAGAUGACCACGUGCAGUUCCUCAUAUACCAGAUCCUCCGAGGGUUAAAGUAUAUCCACUCAGCAGACAUCAUCCAUAGAGAUUUAAAGCCUAGUAACCUGGCAGUGAAUGAAGACUGUGAACUGAAGAUUUUGGACUUUGGCUUGGCACGGCACACCGAUGAUGAGAUGACUGGGUACGUGGCCACCCGUUGGUAUCGUGCGCCAGAGAUCAUGUUGAACUGGAUGCAUUACAACAUGACAGUGGAUAUUUGGUCAGUGGGAUGUAUAAUGGCAGAACUCCUCACUGGAAGAACUUUGUUUCCUGGUACUGACCACAUUGAUCAGUUGAAGCUAAUCAUGAUGCUCGUCGGAACCCCAGGGCCUGAGCUCUUGAUGAAAAUAUCUUCAGAAUCUGCCAGGAACUACAUCAGCUCUUUGCCCGACUUGGCCAAGAGGAACUUUGCUGAUGUGUUUAUUGGCGCCAACCCACAAGCUGUGGACCUUCUGGAGAAAAUGCUGGUUUUGGACACAGACAAGCGCAUAACAGCAGCAGAGGCUCUGGCCCACCCCUAUUUCGCUCAGUAUCAUGACCCAGAUGAUGAGCCUGAGGCCGAGCCGUACGACCAGAGCUUUGAGAGCCGCGAGCUGGAGAUUGAAGAGUGGAGACGAUUAACCUAUGAGGAGGUGUGCAGUUUUGAGCCACCUAUCCUUGAUGAGGAUGACAUGGAGUAAGAAGACAUCGACAACCAGUAUCCAGCCUUAAAUGUGCAUUAGUAUUAAAGUCUCAAACACACUUGUAUCACAGUGCCUAUCAGCUUUGGUCAGUCUUGAUAAAUCAAGGAAAUAGCUUUCAUGAGGGAUCAUUACAGCGCAGGAAAAGGACGAGCUCGCCCCGUUGACGUGAUUCUUAUUUAUGAACCACUAAUGUUGGUCUGUUGCUGGGAAGUGUUAAUUCUUGCCAAUAGCUGAAAUUGUUUUAUAUUCUUAAUUUU